AUGGUCCUUGUGCGUGGAAUCUUGCACGCCGUGGCGGUCGCAUCGCUCGCAGCGCUCGGGGCAUGUGCGCCCUUCUCACCUACUGAUUUUGAGCCCGGAGCUGUGCGUGUAUCGAGCUCCAGAAUGGCGCCGCUCGUCCACAGCGAGACGGCGCCUAUCGAGCACAACUACAUGAUUGUCAUGAAGCCCGGCGUGUCCGCCGGGUCGUUUUUGGUACACCGCGACAGGAUCGGCGAAGCGCAAGUGAUGACCAAUGCCAUACGCACGCGCGAGUACAACACCGCUGAUUUUAGCGGGAUCAAGCACGUAUUUGAUGACGCGGUGAUCCAAGGCUACGCCGGUACGUUUUCUGCCGAUGUCCUUGCGUAUAUCCGCGAUCAGCCAGAAGUUGCGUACGUUGAACAAGACUCGCAAGUUCAGAUUACAAUGGUACCGCAGAGCGAUAAGCAUGUGCGCGAUCAGCCGGUCUCUGCGCAGCGCUUCCCAUGGGAAAAUCCGUUUGAGCACGUCACCGAGAACGGCGCGCCGUGGGGCCUUGCGCGCCUUUCGCAUCGCCAGCCCCUUGGACUCGGCACGUUUAACAAGUACGUGUACGAGUCUCUUGGUGGCGAAGGCGUCACGGCGUACGUCAUCGAUACAGGAAUCAAUGUGCGCCACUCGCAGUUUGGCGGACGUGCACGGUGGGGCAAGACGAUCCCUGCCGGAGACACGGAUACGGAUGAGCAUGGGCACGGGACGCACUGUGCCGGGACGAUCGGCGCUGAAAAGUACGGCGUCGCUAAAAAAGCCGAGCUGGUGGCGGUAAAGGUGCUGCGUUCCGACGGCAGUGGUGCCAUGUCCGACGUCGUCGCUGGCGUACUCUGGGCGGUAGCCGAUGCACAGAAUUUGACGCGAGUCAUGCUUGCCUCGCCGCACUCGCAAGCUGCGAAAAAGCACCGUGGCUUCGUCGCCAACAUGUCGCUCGGCGGUAUGAAAUCCCCCACGCUCGACAUGGCGGUCAACGGGGCGGUUGAAGCCGGCAUGCACUUUGGCGUGGCAGCUGGGAAUGAGAACCAGGAUGCGUGCAACGUCUCGCCUGCCGGUGCUAAGCGCCCUAUCACGGUGGGCGCGUCUACGAUUGCCGACAAGCGUGCCUACUUUAGCAACGUUGGCCCUUGUGUCGACGUCUUUGCACCCGGCCUCAACAUUUUGUCAACGUGGAACGCGGGUCCCAACUCGAUUAACACCAUCUCUGGUACGUCGAUGGCGUCGCCGCACAUUGUCGGGCUUAUGGCCUACCUGCUCUCGAUCUACGGCUCGGACGAUUUCGGCGUGAUCAAAGACGCGCCUCCUACGCCGCUUGCACAGGUGCAGCAGCGUGCGUGGACGCAGACGGUGCUCGGCGCAGUGCAGCUCUUUGUCCCCUCUCUGCUCCAGCCAUUCUUGCGCGUGCACUUGGCGCGCUUCUCGCGCGUGGAGUCCGUCACGACAAUCGACAGCGCCUUGGUGCCGGCCGUGAUGAAGACAGCGCUUAGCCAACUCGCUACGAAAGGGCUUCUGGAAGACGUGGACAACGGCACGACCAACAAGCUCGCAUACAACAACGCGACGACCCCGAUAAACAGUUUGUAG